GCUACAGGGACCAUGGGGCUUCUGACCAUUCUGAAGAAGAUGAAACAGAAAGAGCGGGAGCUGCGACUGCUCACGCUCGGCCUAGACAAUGCUGGCAAAACAACCAUCCUCAAGAAGUUCAACGGGGAAGACACUGACACCAUCUCCCCGAUGCUAGGCUUCAACAUUAAGACCCUGGAACAUCGAGGAUUCAAGGUGAACAUCUGGGAUGUGGGAGGCCAGAAGUCCUUGCGGUCCUACUGGCGGAACUACUUUGAGAGCACCAAUGGCCUCAUCUGGGUGGUGGACAGCGCCAACCGCCAGCGCAUGCAGGACUGCCAGUGGGAGCUCCAGAGCUUGUUGGUGGAGGAGCGCCUGGCUGGAGCAACCCUCCUCAUCUUUGCCAACAAACAAGACCUGCCUGGAGCACUGUCCUCUAAUGCCAUCCGUGAGGCCCUGGAGCUGGACUCCAUCCACAGCCACCAUUGGUAUAUCCAGGGCUGUAGUGCCAUCACUGGGGAGAACCUCCUGCCUGGCAUUGACUGGCUCCUGGAUGACAUUUCCAGCCGCAUCUUCACGGCCGACUGAACCACUCCAGAUGCCCCCCACCCCACCUUGCAGUCCAGCCCCCUACCCCCACCCUCAUCAAGCACCAUCCAUGGGGGUACGGGAGUCAGCCAGCCUGACAAACACCCCCCACCCCACUCUGUAACCUGCUGCUGCUGCUGCUAGUGCUGCCCACUGCUGCUCUGUGGCCAGCUGGCUCCCGUGGCUGGAGGGCUGCUGCCCUGGCUGUCACCCUGGGUCCUGACCCAGCCCACCUGCAGCUGCCAUGCCAAGAGGAGAGGGCUGGGCCUGGGGGGGGUGGGGGGGGGUGGAGCUGCCUCUGCUGCUACCAAG